CAUGUGACAGUCUCUUUGCAGCAGCACUUGCUGCUGCUCUCCCCGCCUGCGGCUGAGCGCCCUCCCCUGAGGCACACGGCCCCUCCCCACAGUCUCAGGCCCGGUUUCCCCUUCCCCGGCCGCUGACGUCCCUCGAAUAGCAGCACACGGCGGGUGAUUGUGAUUCUGGCGAGCGGUUCGGAGCCUCCUGCAGGUGCCGCGGCCACUCCGGUGCCUCUUGAUCCCGGUGCAGCUGGCCCACACGCCGCCUGCCAACAAGCGUUUUGCCCAGGGCUAGGCCACUUUGUAGCCGGAGACCUUUCCCCGGUUGGGGGUCCCGUAUCCCGCUUGACCCCAGCGCUCCCGGGACGCAGGGAGAGACCGAGCCCACUCCCUACCUGCAGCCGUCCCCAGUGCCCCGGGCGCGGGCAGGGAGAAUGGCCUGGGCGCUGCUGCUGCUGCUCCUGUUGCCGCCGCCUUUCUCCGUGGCCUCCAAGCUGAACAUCCCCAAAGUGCUGCUGCCCUUCACCCGGAGCACCAGGAUCAACUUCACCCUGGAAGCCAGCGAGGGCUGCUACCGCUGGUCUUCCACAAGGCCAGAAGUUGCCAGCAUAGAACCUGCAGAUCAAGAUGAACGCCAAUGUUCACAAAAGGCUGUUGUCCAGGCACGUUCAUCGCAGCCAACACGUCUGACAAGUAUCAUUUUUGCUGAAGAUAUAUUGACUGGUCAAGUGCUUCGUUGUGAUGCUAUAGUUGACAUAAUUCAUGGCAUCCAAAUUGUGUCCACGACAAGAGAACUUUAUCUUGAAGAUUCACCACUGAAGCUGAAAAUUCAGGCUUUGGAUUCUGAAGGAAACACUUUUAGCACAUUGGCGGGGUUAGCCUUUGACUGGACGAUAGUAAAAGAUACUGAGGCUGAUGGCUUCUCAGAUUCGCACAAUGCAUUGCGUAUACUCAAAUUCUUAGAAUCUACCUACAUACCGCCUUCCUAUAUAUCAGAGAUGGAAAAAGUUGCCAAACAAGGAGACACCGUUCUGGUGUCUGGAAUGAAAACAGGGAGUUCCAAAUUAAAAGCAAGAAUACAGGAAUCUGUUUAUAAGAAUGUACAUCCUGCAGAAGUCAGGUUGCUUAUUUUGGAAAACAUUCUUCUAAAUCCAGCUUAUGAUAUCUACCUGCUGGUAGGAACAUCACUUCAAUAUAAAGUUCAGAAAAUAAGACAAGGCAAGAUUACAGAAUUAAUGAUGCCUUCAGAUCACUAUGAACUGCAGCUUCAGAACAACAUUCCUGGUCCUGAGGGAGAUCCAGCUCGGCCUGUUGCCAAGUUGGAUCAGGCAACAUCAACGGUAACUGCAUUGCAGCAGGGACAAAUUAACCUAGUGCUGGGGCACAAAAGUAUUCGCAUGCAAGGUGCUUCCAGAUUACCAAACAGCACUAUCUAUGUUGUGGAUCCUGGAUAUUUAGGAUUUACAAUUCAUCCUGGUGACAGAUGGGUCUUAGAAACAGGCAGACUUUAUGAAAUUACAAUAGACGCAUAUGACAAAUCAAGCAAUAAGGUGUAUUUAUCUGAUAAUAUCAGAAUUAAUACAGAAUUGUCUGAAGAAUAUUUUGAGAUUUUGAAGUCCUCUCUGAAUGGAUCAUAUCACUAUGUGAAAGCAAUAAAGAAGGGUCAAACUAUUAUCGAUGCUGCUUUAACAUCUGUAGUAGAUCAGGAUGGAGGUGUUCAUACAUUGCCUGUACCAGUACGAAACCAGCAAGAAGUUGAAGUUUAUGUUCCCAUUAUCCUUUCACCGAGCAUUUUGACAUUUCCAUGGCAGCCAAAGGCAGGAGCCUAUCAGUACACAAUAAAGGCUCACGGUGGAAGUGGAAAUUUCAGUUGGUCCUAUUCUAACCAGGCUGUUGCUACAGUAACAGUCAAAGGAGUCAUGACAACUGGAAGUGAUAUUGGUGUCAGUGUUAUACAGGCAAAUGAUGUUCAGAACCCACUGCACUAUGGAGAAAUGAAGGUAUAUGUAACUGAACCUAGUGGCAUGGAGUUCACGCCGUGUCAAGUUGAAGCACGUGUGGGUCAGAUACUGGAGCUGCCCUUGAGGAUUAAUGGCCUAGUGAAUAUUGAAACCAGUGAGAUGGUCACACUGAGCGAUUGUUCACAUUUCGACUUAGUCGUGGAGGUAGAAAAUCGCGGUGUCUUCAAACCACUCCAAGGAAGACUUAUGCCAAGUUCUGAUUUUUGCAGUGGAGUCAGAGUGAAAGCUGAGGCUCAAGGAUACACAACGCUUGUUGUUAGUUACACUCAUGGUCAUGUCCACCUUAGUGCUAGCAUCACCAUUGCUGCCUACCUACCACUAAAAACUAUAGAUCCUUCUUCUGUUGCCUUGGUAACUUUGGGUUCUUCCAAAGACAUGUUGUUUGAAGGUGGACCAAGACCAUGGGUACAAGAACCUUCAAAAUUCUUUAGGAACAUCACAGCUGAAGAUACAGAAAGUAUUGGUUUAUCUUUAUUUGGGCCUCCGACAUCUCGGAAUCAUUUCCAGCACUGGGUUAGAGUAUCUUGCAAGACCCUGGGAGAACAAGUGAUUGCCUUAACCGUUGGAAAUAAGCCCACAGUUACCAACCCUUUUCCAGCCAUCGAACCUGCCGUUGUGAAAUUUAUCUGCGCAGCCCCUUCCCGACUCACUUUGACUCCUAUUUAUGCAAAUCCUCAACUUGACCUCUCCUGCCCUUUGCUGCAACAAAACAAGCAAGUGGUUCCUGUUUCAAACUAUCGCAAUCCAGUAUUGGACUUGGCUGCUUUUGACCAGCAGGGGCGUAAAUUUGAUAAUUUCAGUUCUCUUGGUAUUAACUGGGAAUCAACAAAAGUUUCCUUAGCCAACAUUGAGCCCAGUAUGCCGAUGGAGCUGUCUCUAAAAGAGGAUGGAAGUGGUCAGAAGAAAAUGCAUGGCUUGCAAACUGUUCUAGUUCAUCGUGAGUCUGGAACAACUGCUGUCUCCGCUAUUGCGACAGGAUACCAGCAGUCUCAUCUCAGUGCAGCUAAAGUGAAUAUACCGUAUGAACCUCUUAUCCCUGUGUCUGCCACCAUUGAGCUGAUACUUGUAGAAGAUGUGAAAGUGAGUCCUAGUGAUGUUACAGUCUACAAUCAUCCUGAUGUCAAGGCAGAGCUCCUCAUCAAAGAGGGUUCUGGGUAUUUUUUCAUCAACACCAGUAUUAUAAAUGUUGUAAAAGUGGCUUAUCAGGAAGCUCGAGGCAUUGCUUUGGUGUAUCCUUUAUUUCCAGGAACCUUAACACUAAUGAUUCAUGACUUGUGUCUGACUUUCCCUGCUCCAGCUAAAGCUGAAAUCUAUGUAUCUGAUAUACAAGAACUGUAUGUCCGAGUUGUUGACAAGGUGGAGAUUGGGAAAACCGUUAAAGCUUAUGUUAGAGUAUUGGAUGACUCGAGGAAACCUUUUCUGGCUAAAUAUUUCACCGUCAUGGAUUUAAAACUGAGGGCAGCAUCACAGAUUGUGUCGCUGGUUCCUCUCGAUGAAGCUCUUGAUGACCAUACUGCUGCUUUUCUAGUUCACGGCACGGUCAUAGGUCAAACCAGCCUUACAGCAACAGUCGCUGAUAAAAAUGGACAAGAAAUCAAUUCUGCUCCCCAACAGAUUGAAGUCUUUCCUCCAUUUAGGCUAUUGCCGAGAAAAGUUACCCUGAUCAUAGGAGCAGUGAUUCAGAUUACUUCAGAAGGAGGUCCUCAACCUCAGUCCAACAUAAUUUUCUCCAUCAGUGAUGAGAGGAUCGCAUCAGUGAACAGCACUGGCCUUGUAAGAGGAGAGGCAAUUGGAAAUGGGACAGUAACUGGAGUGGUUCAAGCUGUGGAUGCAGAGACCGGGCAAAUUGUGGUGGUGUCUCAGGAUAAAGUGGAAGUCGAAGUCGUACGGCUUGUGGCUGUUAGAAUCCGUGCACCCAUCACACGAAUGAAAACCGGUACACAGAUGCCAGUUUAUGUGAUGGGCAUCACCAGUAAUCAGACCCCUUUCUCAUUUGGCAAUGCAUUGCCAGGGUUAACGUUUCACUGGUCUGUCACCAAGAGAGAUAUCCUGGACGUCAAGACAAGACACAAUGAGGCUUCUCUUCAGCUUCCAGCAAAAUAUAAUUUUGCUAUGGAUGUUUAUGGCAGAGCAAAGGGAAGAACAGGACUGAAGGUCAUUGUGAAAGCCCUUGAUCCUACUGCUGAACAGUUUCACAGCCUGGCAGGAGAGCUGUCAGAUGAAAUCCAAAUUCAGGUAUUUGAUAAACUUCUUCUAGUUACUCCACAAGUAGAUGCGGAGCAGAUCUUAAUGUCACCUAACUCAUUUAUUAAACUUCAAACAAACAGGGACAGAGUAGCUUCCCUGAGUUACCGUGUCCUGGAUGGUCCCAAUAAAGUUCCCGUUGUACAGAUUGAUGAGAGAGGCUUUCUGAACUCAGGGUCCUUGAUAGGAUCAUCAACAAUUGAAAUAAUUUCCCAGGAGCUGUUUGGAGUCAACCAGACCAUUGUAGUUGCCGUUAAGGUGUCUCCUGUUUCCUACCUGAGAAUCUCUAUUAGUCCUGUUCUGCACACUCAAAACAAAGAGGCUCUGUUGGCUCUACCAUUGGGUGUGACAUUAACCUUCACAGUCCAUUUCCAUGAUAACUCUGGAGAUACCUUCCAUUCGCACAAUUCUGUGCUCAACCUUGCAACCAACAGAGAUGACUUUGUGCAGAUUGGGAAAGGAACCACGAACAAUACAUUUGUAAUUCGAACUGUAAAUGUAGGCUUGACCUUGCUUAUGGUUUGGGAUACAGAGCACAGUGGAAUUGCAGAUUAUGUCCCUCUUCCUGUGCAACAUGCCAUUUUUCCUGAGCUCAGAGACAUGGUAGUAGGUGAUGUCAUCUGUUUUAGUACUACACUGAUAAAUCAAGAAGGCUUGUCAGCAGUCUGGAGCUCUUCACUGAGCAGUGUUCUUCAGGUUGACCCAAGGACAGGUGUAGCUGUGGCAAGGGAUUCAGGAGUUGUCACUGUUUAUUAUGAGAUUCCUGGACUACUUAAAACUUACAGGGAGGUAUUGAUCAGUAUUCCUCAAAGGACUAUAGCAAUGCAUGUAUCUGGAGUGAAAACAAACUUACAAGGAGUUGCAGCUUCAAAAGUUAUAGUUGCAACUGGGGACAGAAGCAAAAAUUUGAAAGGGGACUGUUCACCUGUUCAGAUUGAAGCCAUUAAAGAACUACAACCAGAGUCCAAUAUCGGCUGCCACCUUCGUUUUAAUAAGGAUGCAUUUGAUUUCCCAGCACAUGAUAUUUUUACAGCAGAACCUGGAUUUGAUGCAGUUUCAGGACACUAUACCUGUUCCAUCACAAUGCACAGACUUACUGACAAGCAGCUAAAGCAUCUGAGCAUAAGCAAAACUGCUCUCCUAGUCACAGCUUCAGUCCAGGGCAGCCAUUUCUCUGGAGAGCAGAUCAGCGCUGAAGUGCCGUUCAAUCCAGGGUUUUAUGCUGAUCAGACUGAAAUUCUCUUAAGUAACCAUUACACGAGUUCUGACGUGAAAAUAUUUGGAGCCACUGAAAUUCUUGACAAACUGGAGGUGAAAUGUGGGUCACCAAUGGUGAAGGCCUUUGAGAAGGAGAAAUCAUAUGGACUGCCUAGUUAUGUAAUCUACACUGUUAGUGUAUCUGAUCCAGGAGUUCCAAGCCAGGGGUCCUUAUCAACCAUUCUUACCAUAUCUAGCCCAGUGACUGACCAGUCGAUCACUGUUCCGGUGACAGUGAUUUAUGUAGCUGAGAGAAGCGAGCCAAUGAGACACGGAGCCAGCUUAUUCCAACACUUCCUUGAUUCCUAUCAAGUAAUGUUCUUCACGCUUUUUGCACUGCUGGCAGGGACAGCUGUUGUGAUCAUAGCCUACCAUGCAGUUUUCUCCCCAAAAGAACAGAACACUUAUCCAGCAUUUACCCCAAGGACAACGCCUCAACACAGCUAUAACAGUUUUUCUGUUUCAUCUGCAACUUCUCUCAGUCCUUCGUACUCAGAUAGAAAAAACAGUCCUCCCUCCAGGCUAUGGAGUACUGGUUAUGCUUCACAUUAAAGAAAGACGACGGGACUCAUCUGCACAAGGACAUAUACUUGGGUUAAAAGAAAAGUCAAUGCUUUUACUAAUAGCAAAUCAUUUCACUCUGGAAAAUUCUCAGCUAGGCUUAAAAACUUUCAAAUGCUCAGUGUAAUGCAAGUCAUCUUAAAAAUGCAGUGUAAUAUACUGUGCAACACCUUUUUUUAAUGCAUAGUGCUCUUUAAUUUUUUAAGGGGAUGCUUUCAAUCCUAUAAAAUCCAUUCCUGUGUCUUUUAUGUUAUGUUCAGUUGACAAAGAUGACUGGACAAUUAGCUAUCUUUGUGCUAAGCUAGCUUUCCUGCAAGCUUCACGCAAGUAGAAGGUACACUUAGAAGAAGGUGGUCAAGUAUUAUGUUUUUUUAUUUGCUUCCUGUGGAAAUUAACUUUCUUUUAACGUGGUUUUCAAAGAAGGAAAAUAGUAAAACAGAUAAAAUGUGAGCCAAAAAUGUGAAGGAGUCUGUGUUUCAAAGGACUAAAGUUUUCUUUGGGCUCCAGUAUUAUCAUCAUGAGACUCAGGAAUGUAUUGCACUGAUAAGUGUUCUUAUAUUUUAGCCUUACAAUGUGAUUUAUCUUCAUUAUUUGCCAGUUUAAAAAUAGGAAAUGCUGUAAUAACUGUGAAUAGAUUAGUCUGUUUUCUAUAUUUUUUACAGAAAAUUAUAAAUAUGGCUCCCCAUAGGUACAAUUGCAGUAUAUUUGUGGUUACUGUACUCUCCUGCGCUAAUGACCGAGAAUGCUAAAAAGCAUGUGCCUUUCUAGAGUAAACAUAAUUUAUGAAUGAAGAUUUCUAGAACAGUUACAAAGGCGUAUGCAAAUCUUUUUGAGUGAAGGCAGUUAUUUUUCAUUUGUUUUUGGCUUUCUGUUUGUUAAUACAAACAGUGUAUUUUCAUUGAUUGAUUAGAAAUAUAGGUACCUCAGCAGACACUGAGCCUCCAUGCAUCACCACUGCCCUGGUUACUGCAUUGUGAACUAAGUGGCACGUUAUAUGAUAAAAAUGAAGUAUGAAUGUCAGUUAGUUUAACCUGUUUGUCUCUGGUACAAUAUGGGCACCCUAAAAAUGUUGACUUUUACUACUAGCUAUUAAUAGUGUGUACAAGCAGGGCACAGUAUAAUUAAUAUCUUACCUAAUAGUAAAAAGAGUACUUACUGUAUAACAGCUACGUGUAACAAAAUAAGUGUAUGCAGCAUAUUGCAUAGGUAGUAAACUAUUUUAUUUUUUGUUCUGUUUUUUUAAGUGUUGAUUGGCUAGAACAGGCCCAUAUGACUCAAACUGCAUUAUUGACAGAAAAAUCAGAAGCUACUUAACUAAACCAGGAGGUAGAUCACUGCACAUGCUCAGACAUGCUGAGCUUUUCAGAAGACUGCCAACAAAGUACAUACGAGUGAGAUUUUUACACAUUUAUUUUAAAACAUGAGAAGAGAAUGGUUUUCAAGCCAUAGCUUUAAAAUAUUGCUCCUAGGAGGGAAAAAUUACCUCAGUUGUGGUAUGUUAAAUCCUUCGAUGAUUAAAAUUGAAAUAAUGGUCAUUUUCUUUCAUCCUGUGGGCAAUAUUUUGCAGCUAUCACCUUCAGCCUCAAGCUUUGUUUACAUAUAUGUAAUACUGUCAGAGGGACAACUGUGAAUAAUUUCCUUAGUUGUGAAUUGUCAAAAAAAAAAAACAAGAAGUUCAGUGAAGUUAGUCACAAGUGAUCUGUUAUAAAGAACAUAAUAUUGUGUCAUUACAGUGUGAGCCAGUAAAAUAUUCAGCUCUUCUUGUGAGAAACAUAUGAAAUAUGCAAGAUUAUACAGGCAAAUAUUCGAAAGACAUGAAUGUAUACACAGGCAAAUUCUGUGGCACAUAGGUUUUUUUACAUGGUAUUAUUGGAAAAUGCCACAUUGUUCAAUAGUAUUCCUUUGUGGGGUUUUGUAUAAUUUAUUUACUAGUACUUGAGAAAUACAGAUGUGCCUUACAUGCUGGUGUUCCUUAAAAUUGACAGUUUGAAUGUAAAUAUGACCGUUUAUACUUGUUUUAUUUAAUAAAGCUUUAUAAGAUUCCUUAA